AUGAACGCAGACCUCGAUGCUAUCAUUGCCAACAAUGACACGGAUCCUUCCAAAUCAAAUGUCGCAUUGGAGGUCAAUCAGCUAUCUCCUUCGCCUCAGCUCUUUGACUUUGAAUCCAUGACAGCUCCCACACAGGGGUUUCACAUGUUCCAAAACGUUUAUUUCCCAGAUUUUGGUGAUUUUACCGCCUUGGGAAACACUUCGUAUGAGCAGGCGCGAUCUAGCGACGCAGGUUCCCCAAGUUCGUCUCUCCCUCCACGACAGUCACCACAACAAUCCCCAGUCACGAAUCUGGAUGUCGAAAGCUCGCUACAUUUACACCUCCCUCCAAUUCUUGAUCCAGUUGAGAAUGGUCCGAGAUGCGCUUCUGCGCGCGAACUACUUGAAAGCAUGGCAACGUCUUCGCCGAUGCUUCGCUCUUCGAUCGCAGCAUUCGAAGCCAUACAGUCCGGGAGUGCAGGGGGGACAGCGGAUCACCAGCAACACUACGAUAACGCUGCGACCGAGUUAUCGCAAAAGUUUGAAAAAUCUGCGGGGGGAAUUACAAUCAGCAACAAUGAACUCAGAUACGUUCUGGCUACUAUCUUCUUUCUUACAUAUAUAAAUUUCCUUACUGCACGAUUGGACCUAGCCUAUUUGAAUCUUGGAAAGGCGCAUAAUGCGCUGCAAGCAUCAGAUAGGAGUGGCUUGGGCUCCACAGAGCUACGAAUCAUCUCCUGGAUUCGUUUGUUAGAUGCCCGAGCGGCAUCAGCGGGUGGAGAAGGAGUAUUAGUCAAUGACACAUCUGGAAUCUAUACCUCGCCCCAAAACUCAACCUCCCCGAGCUCAACGCCACAAAGCAUAGGUUCCGCCACCAACCCCGGAGCGCACGAGGUUAUCUAUGAUCUGCUAUGCCAGCCUGGGAUAGCCUUCUUCCAGGAAGUUCAGACCAUCACUGGCCGCAUUACUAGAAUCGCUCAUAACCACCGCAGCCGAGGAAGCGUGGAGGACGAGACUGAGGUCAUGGCUAUCGCAGCUGAUAUUUUGGCGGAUCUAUCAUCCUUGUAUGACCGGAGACCACCACUGACAGACCAUGCUGUGGCUGGAAAUAUAGGCAGUGAUACUCUGGCUGAGCCGCUCGCGUCCACUAUUGUUCGCUCAUUCCAGACGUAUCUCGCUAACUUUUACGCCUGCUACAUCCACCUGCAUCGAGUUGCACACCGUCAUUUGGUUCGUUCCAAGGCAGCGGUAACAGCGCUGUGCAAAAUCAAGGAAAUAGUGCAUUACAUGGUCAACAAUAAUGAAUCUAUACCAGUCAACAUGUUAUGGCCAUUAUUCCUAUGGGGUACUGAGGAAGAUGACUAUACCGAAUUCCAAUGGGUCCUUAAUACCAUCCGUGGUCUUCAACAUGUCUUUACCAAUGCGAACAUGACUGCUGAUGUACUACAAGAGACCCAAAGGAGACAGCGUGAGGGAGGCAAGCGCGUAGACAUUCGUUCUGUGUGUCUGGAGUUAUUUUAUACCACCUUCGCUAUUGUAUAA